UUUUCAUCGUGCGGGAAACGCGAUAGAUGGGGCGAGCCGCGUUUAAGUUGACGGUGGCGGCGUUGCUCGUGGCCGUCUUCCUGGCACCUGCCAGUCCCUGGCUCCACUCGAAAGACAUCAACUACGACGCGGUCGAGAAGGCGUGGGAAGCGGGCGACAUGGACGAUGAACUCAAAGAGGAAGAGGACAAAAUGCACAAGGUGAAAAACAUUGAAGAGCGGAAGAAGCGCCCAAACUUUGUCGGGGACGUCGGCAUUCCCCAGACGAUGGUCGUGAGCUUGAAAGAGACUGCGCUGGACGAGUUCAAGGAAGAGUUCCCCACCAUCCCCGAGCCGACGCUGGCCAUCUCCAACAUGUGGAAGGAGAUGCUGUUCAACGGAGGCAUCGACGCUGAGUUCUUUGAGGUGAACGAGACGCCGUUCAAGGUCGUGGUCAAGAUCAAGCGCGGGUGGCUCGCGGAGGACCUCGUCGAGUUUCUUGUGAACCAGCCCCAGGUCGAUGAAGUCAUGUGGGACUUUGAGACGUAUUACCCCCCGGGUGUGGACGAGAAGCAGCGGGAAAAGGAAAAACAGGACGCCUUCAAAGCCGCCCAAGCCAAGCUAAAGAAGAAGAACGCGAAAAAGCGCAAGGCGGCGGCGACCAAGACCGAACUGUAGCCUACAUUAGUUGCCAUUCCUACACACGGCGACGUUGUGUGGCACAUCCUUCCAAAUGCGUUGCAAGCAUCACCACGCUUGGGGGUAAGGCAAGGAGCGCAGGCACUUGAGAUCGAGGCGUCGUGCGACCUUGUCGCAGUAGUCUUGGCGAUUCACGAAGGUGGAGGAACAUUUCCGAUCAAGCACCAGACUCGUUUUCAUAACACGAAACGAAAAUCUCUCUGCGGAGUCGAUAAGGGCCAUCGC